GGCUCCCUUUAAGAGAGGGGAUGGAGAGCCCAGGGCUGCGGAUUUGCCUCCCACUUCGUAUCUCUUUUGUGGCUCUUCCUGUCUUUGGUAGUCUUUCUCAGCGUCCUUCUUUGAAAGAAAGUUAUUUGGACGUUUCGCACGAACGUCUGCAUCAGACUCCAGGCUCGGAUCGCUCCCGUGCUUACGGUUCGAGGGUUCGCAGGGGCCGGUAAGACUUGCUUCCAUUGGGAAACUCGAACUUCGCCAUGGCCACCCCAGCGACAUAUUCAAACCCGGCGCGAGAAGCCGAAUACCUAGGAGACGAAAAAGCGAGAGAAGCAUAUGAAGAAGGCCGCGACGCAGAUAUCCUGUCGGUACAGGAAACGUACACCUCGCCUAAUGCCGAUCUUGAGAAGGGCGUGCGGAGCGACGCGAGUUCUAAUACAACGGACGAUCGAACGCUAGGAGGGGAGGCCCCGAAUCAGGAAGCUGAGCGAGAUCCCAACAUCGUGGAUUGGGAUGGACCGGACGACCCAGAAAAUCCUUUGAAUUGGCCUGAAAAGAAGAAAUGGAGUUUGAUCGCUUGUCUUGGUGCAAUCACUCUCGUCACACCCCUAGCAUCUUCGUUCUUCGCCCCCGGCGUCCCGCAAGUAAUGGCCUCAUUUGGUGUUUCCUCCAACAUACUAGCGUCCCUCGUCGUCUCCGUCUACAUCGUUGGCUUCGCCAUCGGCCCCCUCAUCAUCGCGCCCAUGUCUGAGCUUUACGGCCGCUACUACGUCUACGCCAUCUGCAACUUCUUCUUCGUCGUUUUCACCAUAUGUUGCGCCGUCAGCAACAGCAUGGGAGUGUUAAUCGCCUUCCGCGUUCUCGCCGGCUGCGCAGGCGCCGCACCCCUUACUAUCGGCGGCGGUACUAUUGCGGACAUUUUCCCGCAGGAGAAGCGCGCGGGGGCCAUGGCCAUCUGGUCUAUUGGCCCGCUUUUGGGACCAGUUGUGGGCCCUGUUUGUGGUGGCUUCCUCGUUGAAGCAAAAGGCUGGCGCUGGGUGUUCUGGAUCCUUGCUAUAUUCGGCGGCUUCUUCGGCCUCGUCUUCUUCUUCGUCGGCAGCGAAUCCUACCACGCAACCAUCUUAGCCCGCAAGGCCGCGCGCCUGCGCAAAGAAACCGGGAACCCGAAUCUCCGGUCUAAACUCGCUUUGCCUAUCCCGCCCAAGGAGGUCUUCAUCCGCAGCAUCGUGCGCCCGAUGAAAAUGCUGUUUUUCCAGCCCAUUGUCCUGCUAAUGUCGCUUUACGUCGCUGUUAACUACGGCAUCUUGUACCUCUUCUUCACGACUAUUACUUUCGUCUUCGAGGGACAAUACCACUUCAGCUCCGGCGCCGUCGGACUGUCGUAUCUCGGCACGGGCGUGGGUCUCAUCGUCGGCAUGGCGGUCCUCGGCGUCAUGAGCGACAAGAUCAUCAAGAAGAAGCAGGUCAAGGGGAACGCGAAACCCGAGCACCGGCUUCCGCUCAUCUUAACGCUCCCCGGAUCUAUCCUCCUCCCAAUCGGCGUAUUCAUAUACGGCUGGACGACAGACAAGCAUGUCCACUGGAUCGUGCCCAUCAUCGGAACCGCGUUCAUCGGGCUGGGAAACAUUACCGGUAUGAUGACUAUCCAGACCUAUCUCGUCGACGCAUUCACCGUCCAUGCCGCCUCCGCCAUCGCCGCAAACACCGUCCUCCGCUCGAUCUUCGGCGCUUUCCUCCCGCUCGCCGGCUUGGAUAUGUAUGAUGCGCUGGGCCUAGGGUGGGGGAACUCGCUGCUGGGCUUCAUUGCGCUGGCGUUGAUUCCUGUGCCUGUGUUCUUCAGGUUCUAUGGCGAGCGCAUACGGACGAAUCCCAAGUUCCAGGUCAAGUUCUAGCGCCUUGCGGGGGUGGAUAGCUUUG